AGAGAGAGAGAGAUGCGGAAAUGAGAAGACGAAGAAGAGCUGCGCUUCUUUUUCGUUGCUGUCCUCCCGCCACACCUUCAUAUAUCCCCAACCUCUGCACGACGCAGAAAGCAGCAGCAGACGCAGCAUGCACACCCCUGCCCCUGCUCUUUUCCUCUGCACACCCCCAACCGGGAGCCAAGACCUAACAAAAAAAGUUUCCUUCCCCAC